AUGGCGUGGUUUCCUAGACCUAGAGAGCGGUAUUUGUCACCGUAACGUCAAAAAGCGGUGCCGUCAUUUGCAUGACGACGCUCUUGUCGGUGUCGAAUAGUUUUUGACCGUUUUUCUCGAUAGCGGUGAAGCCAUUUUUGUAUUGUUAUAAGUUUUAACCAGACGACGAACAAAAUGAGUUGCAACUACAAAUGGAGUAGCGAGCAUGAUGAAAUUUUAAUAGGUUUCGUGCGUACCCAUGAAGCUAUUUAUAAUAUAAAAAGUAAAGAGUACAGAAAAACUCAUUUGAAACAGAAUUUAUGGCGCCAAAUUGGGAAAAUUUUAAAUAAGACAGAUACUGAUUGCUCCAAGAGAUGGUGUUACAUAAGAGAUUAUUAUAUUCGACGAAGAGGAAAACCUGGUACUGGUUCAAGCGGAGAAGCAGCGAAGAAGAGGUCUGAUCUUCUGUCAUUCUUGGACAGCUUUCCUUCGUCACAAAGAAGCAGUAUUACGAAUGUUAAAGAUGAAAACCGAGAAGACAGUAUAAUAAUGGAAAAUACUUAUGAUAACAGCGCAGGAACACAAAACCCAGAAGACAUAAGUAUAAUAAUGGAAAAUACUCACAAUACAAGCGAAGGAACACAAUCCAAUACUCAGGAAGUAAAAUAUUUUAUAUGUGAUAAUAAUAAUAAUAAAAAAGAAAUGAAUACUAAGAGUCAUAAGAAACGGAAAAAUAAUGCACAUGCUGAAGAACGCCUAAACUUAGUGAGGCAAAUUGUUAAUCGAAAUUCUACUCCAACUGAAUUAGAUGAAACCGAACUCUUCUUUAGUUCUAUAGCAAAAAUCGUAAAAAAGCUUCCAAGGUACGAGCAAGUACAGUUAAGGAUGCAAAUUGGGUCAUUAGUUGGUAACGCUGAAUUGCGCCAUAUUUCUAAUGAUUCACCUCAAAGCAGCACCUUCAGCGCCCAGCCACCAAGAUCUAGUACUAGCAAUAGUGAUUGUUAGUAAAAAGUUCCUUCACCAAUGUCCAUCACGAGUACUGCGAGUACUAUUAGUGCUCAUUCACAAAUCGUAGCUCCUUCUCAAAAUGCCCUCAUUUAAUUACAGUGGAUGAGCAUCCAGGCAAUCGUUAGAUGAGCAAGGACAAAUAUAAUUAAAUUCGCAAACAGAAGAUCAAACAUAAUGUAAUACCUAAUAAUAAUA